AUGACGUCAGCGGACAGGCUCAGAAACCAGGGAGAGGGUUGGAUCUGGCGGCGGGGCCCGCCGGCGGCAGCAGCUCCGUGGGGUCUCGGCUGCGCGCACCGGCUGGGGGAGGCCGAGGGGCUUGGCGGCGGCGGCGGCGACUUUGGCGUCCGUGAGGGCCGGCCCGGAGUCAGGAUGCGGCGGAGCCCCCGCCCGGGCUCGGCCGCGUCCCCGCACAAGCACACGCCCAACUUCUAUAGCGACAACAGCAACAGCUCAGUGAGCACCACCUCGGGGGACAGCAGCGGCCAUCGGUCCGCUGGGCCGGGGCCCGGGGAGCCCGACGGCAGAAGAGCCCAGGGCCCGAGCUGCGAGGCCGCGCGGCUUGGGGCUGGGAAACCCGCGUCGAGUUUCGGGGGAAGAGUGGGCCUGCGGCGCGCAAGGCCCCAAUGGAGCCCUUGGGCCCCCGCAGAACCGGCUGGCUCCCCCGUUGUCUCUGAGGAGCAGUUCAACCUUCUCUCCACCCUGGACCUGAGGCAGGAGGUGCAGUCCCCGCGAGCGGUCACGGGCUUCCUGAGCCUGCUUCUUCAGGUGCUGAGCGUGCUGCCGUCCCUGCUGGGAGACGUGCUGGUCAGUGCGUACAGGGAGGUCUGUUCCGUCCGCUUCCUGCUCACGGCCGUGUCGCUGCUGAGCGUCUUUCUGACAGCACUCUGGUGGGGGCUCCUGUACCUGGUGCCUCCUUUGGAGAGUGAACCUGAGAUGCUGACUAUAAGCGAGUACCACGAGCGCGUGCGUGCCCAGGGGCAGCAGCUGCAGCAUCUCCAGGCCGAGCUGGACAAACUUCACAAGGAGGUGUCUAGGGUGCGCGCCGCCAACAGCGAGAGAGUGGCCAAACUCGUAUUCCAGAGGCUGAAUGAGGACUUUGUGCGGAAACCCGACUAUGCGCUGAGCUCUGUGGGAGCCUCCAUCGACCUAGAGAAGACAUCCCGGGACUACGAGGACGCAAACAGCGCCUACUUCUGGAAUCGAUUCAGCUUCUGGAACUACGCGCGGCCACCCACGGUUAUCCUAGAGCCAGAUGUGUUCCCUGGGAAUUGCUGGGCUUUUGAGGGCGACCAGGGCCAGGUGGUGAUCCGGCUGCCGGGUAGCGUGCAGCUGAGCGACAUCACCCUGCAGCAUCCACCUCCCAGUGUGGCGCACACCGGCGGAGCCAGCAGCGCCCCCCGCGAUUUCGCGGUCUAUGGCCUCCAGGUUGAUGAUGAGACGGAAGUUUUCUUGGGGAAAUUCACGUUCAACGUGGAGAAAUCUGAGAUUCAGACUUUCCACCUACAGAAUGACCCCCCAACUGCCUUUCCUAAGGUGAAGAUACAGAUUCUAAGCAACUGGGGCCACCCCCAUUACACAUGCUUGUAUCGAGUUCGAGCCCAUGGCAUGAGAACCUUGGAGGCAGCAGGGGACAGUGCCACAGGAGGGCCCAAUUAAACAUGCCGAUUGUUAAAAUAGAGUGGAGGUCUGUGCUGAAAGAAGCUGGAUCAGUGCUGGAGGGUCUGUUGGGGGCUCUGGUUGCCUUUGGUAUAUAAAUAUGGUAGGGGGUCUAUCUCCCAAUGCAUCCUCUCUUUUCUUGGAGAAGUCCAGAUCAAUAUAGUAGUAGCAGCUCAUGUUUAUGGAGUGUUUCCAUGUAAAAGAGAUGGUACUGUGGACUUUAUACACAUUACCUAACUAAUCUUCACAACCACAGGGGGAAACCACUCAGGUCAGGAAACUUGCUCAAGGUCACAUAGCUAGUGAAGAACAGCAUCACGGCGGGACCCAAGCCCAUCUUCCUCCAGAGGCCACCCUUUUAACUGCCAGUCAGCCUGAAGCCAUGCAUAUGAACCUCAAUUACCUCUCCCAGCCUCUGGGAAAGCCUCUUUCCUCAGGUAAACACUCAAAAACUGAGACUUGAGAACCUCUAGGAAGCAUCUGAGAGUUUAUGCAGGCCUGGUAGCCCCUAUUCAGGUUGGCUUCACUGAGACCUCAGUGCCCAACUCUGUGCUAGGCACAGUACAGAUGGUCACGUGUUCACCAGUCUCUGCCCUCAAGGGCCUGAUAGGAAAGAGAGGAUGCUCCAGAAAACAGGGCAAUUCAUUUACUGAUCCAGGCAUUCUUCACCAAAAAAACUAGAGGAAUAAAAGAUGGAGGAGACAAUCAUCAAAGGAUUAAUGAGUUCUACCUGGGCAGAGGAGAAAAGGGUGACCAGUAUGAGCAAAGACACAGGCAACAUUUUGGCUGAUAAGAUCCUUCCCAGUGUGUUCAUGUUUUGGAAGAAUAUACACACUAUUACCAGUGGUAACCCUCUAGGAAGUGGAAUGCUGAGUAUGUGUGGGAAUGGAGCACGUAUCCACCUGUGAAAUUUGGGGGCUAUUUUGUAAUCUGAAGACAAAGGAGAAGGAUUUUCUCAAGUGGUCUCAAAGCCUAAGGUUAGAAAUAUGAAAUCUAACACAGCUUUUUUUCAGGGCAGUUUUACAACAGGAACCAAAAGCCUUAAAAAACUUGUAUACUCUUGCCCAGCCGGGUGUGGCUCAGUAGUUGGGCAUUGACUUAGGAUCCAGGAGAUCGAUGUUUGAUUUCCGGUCAG